UGAUUGAUUCUGUCCCAAAAACAAACCAUAUAUGUUUGCAAAACUAAUUGGUACAGUAUAUUUCUUUGUUUGAUUGAUUGAUUCUGUCGUACGGUAUUUGGUAAAUAUCAAAUCGAUGCGAAAGGGUUUUGUUUGUUGAGGAUUUGUUGCUUGCAAUUGCAAAGGUAAUGUGUAAAGAUUAUCUUCAAGAAAGGAAAGAACUUGUGGAAGCUCUGCAUAAGGGAAGAAGAUUCUCCAACCUUGCAAAGAUAACACAGCCGACGUUGAUAAUAUGGGGAGUGGAAGAUCAAGUUUUUCCAGUGGAAUUAGCUCAUAGAUUGCAAAGAUAUUUAGGGGAAGACAGAGCACAACUGGUGUUACUAAAAAAGACAGGACAUGCGAUAAAUGAAGAGAAACCAAAAGAGAUGUCCAAACACAUGAAAUCUUUUCUUUGCACUGACGCUCUACCUAUGAUGAUGAUUCCUUCUCCAGAUGACAGUGGUAAUAAGAGAGAGUCAUGUUAGCUAACCUGAUAUCCCCAGAUCAUCAUCAGAUCAACAAGUGAUGUGUAUACCCUUGAUCUAGGGUUCUUCGCAAAUUUGGGGAUUUUUAGUUUUAGGGAUUUUUGGAUAGUGAAUCGAAGUUUAACGGGUCAAAAUCGGGUUUAUUUUGGUUUAAUUUGGGUUUAGUUUUCUUCUAAUCGGUUAAGUAAAUAGUAAACCGAUAUAUGGGUUAAUUGAUGAAAUAGAAUUAAACUGUGGAGAUAUAGCUUUCGAACUUUCGACUCGGGGGGAAAUUGGUUUCAAACUUUUAUUUCGGAGAAAAAUAGACUGAUGGUAAAGAACGGGCUCUAUCUGG